UUGAUAGGCUGCUUCUAUGUUUGAAAAAAGGGAGGCGUGUAGUCCUAAAAGAAACAAUUAGUCAGCGAUAGGUAUCAGAAAGAGAGGACUUCAGAAUAUUCUCUCUCUCUUUUCUUGUAAGAAGACUUCAUGCCCACCCACCAACCACCCCCUCCAAAAGCACUGCACACAAACAUGGAUCCUGAAACCAUGGUCAUGCCAUUGAUUCUGAUCGUGCUUUUCUUCCCAUUUUGCACUUCCGUUGACACCUUAGCACCAGACCAAUCCAUCAAGGAUGGCCAGUCUUUGAUUUCCAACAAAAAUAAUUUCGCCUUAGGCUUCUUUAGUCCCGGCAAUUCUAGCUACCGGUAUCUUGGUAUUUGGUUUGUCAAAGUGCCAAAUCAAACUAUAGUGUGGGUUGCAAACAGGAAUGAUCCUAUUAUUGAUUCCUCCGGUGUUCUCUCCGUCAACCACUAUGGAAACCUUGUCCUCCAUGACAGUUCUAACCGUCUUCUUUGGUCUACCAAUGUGUCUGUCCAGGGGACAACCUCGUCUGUUGCACAGCUUCAAGAUUCAGGAAAUCUGGUAUUGGUCCAAGGCAAUAACAAAAAGGUUAUAUGGCAAAGCUUUGAUCAUCCUACAGACACACUGCUUCCAGGCAUGAGGCUUGGGUUGAAUCGGAUAACUGGGUUAGACAGGUUCUUGACAUCUUGGAAGUCACAAGAUGACCCCGGAACUGGGGACUACUUCUGUAAGAUAAAUCCUACUGGCUCUCCACAAGUCGUCUUGUAUAAGGGUUCAACUUUAUAUUGGCGGUCAGGUCCAUGGCCGUGGCCCACAUCAUUAUCAUCGAGUUUUAAGUGUUAUUUUGUUAACAACGAAGAUGAGGUAUCUUACGCCUACUUUUUCGAUGACGCCUACAUCAUUUCUAGACUAGUGCUUCACAACUCUGGAUUGGUCCAGCACCUUAUGUGGAAUGACGGUGAUCUUCAAUGGAAGGAAUACUGGUCAGCACCUAAAUACCGGUGUGACAACUAUAGACACUGUGGUGCAUAUGGUAAGUGUGGUCCCGAGUCUGCCAGUUUUAAUAGGUUUGAGUGUACUUGUUUGCCAGGGUUUGAACCCAAGUCUCCGAAGAAUUGGUAUCACAGAGAUGGUUCUGAGGGGUGUGUGAGGAAGCAGUUGGGGUUGUCAAUGUGUGGGAAUGGAGAAGGGUUUGUGAAGGUGGACCUUUUGAGGGGUCCUGAUUCAUAUAAUGCAGUUUGGAUGAACAUGAGUAUGAGUAGCUCAGAGUGCGAGCAGGCAUGCCUGCGAAAUUGCUCUUGCACAGCUUUUGUCAGCAUAAAUAUUGAUGGGAAGGGGACCAGUUGCUUGGCAUGGUAUGGUGAAUUGAUUGACAUUUCAGAGAGUUCAUAUGAAAGGUGGGAUCUAAAUGUACGUGUAGAUGCAACUGAGUUAGCUACUUACACAAGGAAGUCCAAUGGUUUUCUUGGCCACAAGAGGCAGCGGGCAAUUACAAUAAUUUCUCUUAUGGUGACAUUGUUUCUGGUAUGCUUGAUAGGCUAUAUAUGCCUAAUGAAGAAGAGAAAAACAUCCCCCUCCAAAAAAAAAAAGGAUGAGGAAAACAAAAGGACAGUGAAGAGAAAAUUGCACCAUCAGUCAUUAUAUUUUAACGGUACCAUGGGCUAUGUGGAGGGAAAUGAGCUGGAGGAGAAUAGUAGACAUCCAGAUUUAUUCAUCUUUGAUCUAAGCUGCAUGGUUGCUGCCACUGACAAUUUCUCUCCAAUCAACAAACUGGGACAAGGUGGCUUCGGUUCUGUUUUUAAGGGUCAAUUAUCUAAUGGACAACAAGUAGCCGUAAAAAGGCUAUCCAACAGUUCUGGACAAGGAAUAGAGGAAUUCAAAAAUGAAGUUAUGUUAAUUGCAAAACUUCAACAUAGGAAUCUUGUCAAGCUUUUUGGUUGUUGCAUUCAAGGGGAAGAAAAGAUGUUGAUUUAUGAGUACAUGCCCAAUAAAAGCUUAGAUUUCUUCAUUUUUGACCAUACAAGAAGUUCAUUGCUUAAUUGGGGGAAACGCCUUGAAAUCAUUAUUGGGAUCACUCGUGGGAUUUUGUAUCUUCAUCAAGACUCAAGAUUAAGAAUUAUACAUAGAGAUCUUAAAACUAGCAAUGUUCUCCUAGAUGGUGAGAUGAAUCCUAGAAUUUCAGAUUUCGGGAUAGCUCGUAUAUUCAAAGGGGACCAAAUUCAAGACAAGACAACUAGAGUUAUCGGAACAUAUGGUUAUAUGUCACCAGAGUAUGCAAUAUUUGGAAAAUUUUCAACAAAAUCAGAUGUUUUUAGUUUUGGUGUCAUAUUGUUGGAGAUCAUUAGUGGCAAGAAGAAUAACAUUUCUUAUCAAACACACCCUUCCCUAACUUUGAUAGGGCAUGUCUGGGAACUAUGGACAGAAGAUAGAGCCUUGGAUAUAGUUGAUUCAUCGAUUAUUGAGUCAAUUGUUUCUCAUGAAGUCUUGAGAUGCAUUCAAAUUGGGCUCUUAUGUGUGCAAGAAGAUGCAACGGAUCGACCAACAAUGUUGGCAAUUCUUCUCAUGCUAAGUUGUGAAACAACUCUUCCUUCUCCGAAUCAACCUGCUUUUGUUUUCAAAAGACCUACCAAGGAUAUGGGAUCAGUCACAGGAAAGGAGUUUUAUUCUAUAAAUGACGUGACAAUAACUACGUUUGAAGCUCGCUAAAAGGUAAUGAUUGAUGCAUCUAAAUUGCUUCUAUAAGGAUUUAUGGGAACAAUUAACAUUUUACUCUGUUUAUAAAAACAAAUAUAAUUCUUAUUCUUUUUUUUCUUCUUUCUUUCCUUUUGUACCAGGUGAUCUAAAAGUAAAAUGUAAGUGUUAGAGAAUAUAGCCUACUUCAGUGGAUUAUACUUUCCCCUAACAUCUGAAUAUAUAUAUUACUGCAAUGCAAGCCUCAUAUGCUAAUAAGUAAUAAUUGAAACAUAUUAGAGAAUGAUGUAACCUACAGACAAUUUCCUGUGCUCCAGGCAUAAGAACUUUUAGGAAAGCUAAAAGGCAAACAUGCAGUCCGUGGUGGAUAGUACUGUAGGAACAAUGUUCUUUUAAUUUUUCAAGUAAAUAUCCUCGCCAUAAUCAAAUGACAGGACUAUGUUUUCUGUUUAUUUUCACUUAUUAAUAGCUUAUUUAGUCUAAUCACCUGAAACCCUUGGAUAUUUUGAUUUUGUAAUGUAUGUCAAGUCCAGGUUUCAUAGGCCUAAGAUGCAGCUCAAAAGAAGACUGUUGUUUAUGAGUAAUUCGUAAUUUAGACAUCCAUUCAAUCGAUUGAAAGAUGAAUUUUGAGGGAUGUUGAAUUUGAUAGUGGCUCGAUGCAUUGAAAAUUGUGAAACCAAAAUCUAAUAAAAGGCCUAUUAUAGCAUGACUUCAACAAGAGGUUUAGAGAGAGAGAGAAAGCCUAAACUUCAUUUUGAUCAACCUAUGAUUCAAAAGUCUUUAUUCAACAAUGGAGUUGGUAUUUUGGUGAUCAAGAGCUAAAGCCAGAGAGUCUAUUAUCUCAAUACGUUGCAGCAGAGAACAAAUUUUUAUGGUGGUAAGUGGUCCUUGGAGUAGUUUAGAGGGUCUAAUUGUGAUCACAGAUGCAGAUCGUGAGAGAAGGGAGAGAAGGGAUUCAUAGGGAAGAGUCCAAAAGGUCUGAAACUGGGGUGGGGUCAUGAGAAAUGAGAGAGAAGGAAUUCAUAAAUUGGUUUUGAUGUGGCUUGUUUGUUUGUAUUAAUUUAGUUCAAACCCAAAAAUAAAUUGUAUUAUUCUAGCACAAAAACUAUCAAAGAAAACGAAGAGAUAAACACAGAAUCAUGGGUUUGUACAAUGCCCUUAAGUGUUUGACAAUGUCUUUUUAAUGGCUUAAUGCACGUACUCUUCAAAGGCGAUGUCUAAUUUUAGCUAAGUAUAAUGCCUCUCACACUUGGCCAAACAGAAUUUUUAAUUUUACCAAAUUAUUUAUUGAUUCACAAAAUUGGAUUCCCAUAGUAUAAUAUGAAGGAUUUUAGUGUCCCACUUGAAAGUUCAGUUUUGAUUAUCUGUACAAGCUAUUCAAUAGCUACCUAAUGAUGAAAAUUUGUGAUCUUUGCUGAGAUUUGGUGAUGCAAAGAUUAC